ACUUGGGACUUAGGAGUGCCAACUGGGGCCUCUUACUACAUUGGACCUGGGCUGUAAUGUGGGCAAGAACAAGUAUAGUUCCUAUGCCCGUGGACGCCAUAGCCUAAGAUUAGCUGAGGGGGAGAAUUGGAGUUAGAAAGUACUCAUUUGUCUAGCAGGACAGUUAGCCUCUCCCUGGGAGCCUGACCUUGGCCCAUAGGAAACACCAAAGACUUAAGCCGAGACCUGUGUGUGCAACCAGGCAGCCACGGCAGGUGUGCUGAGCUCUGGGCAGAGCCAUUGUUCCUGAUUCUUCAAAGUGGACCACAAGGGAGAAAUCCAACAAAAGCAGCGGUCAUCAAACAGUCCAGGACACACAGAUGUAAACCUGGAGAUGAGACCUGAGGAGAGCUGGGGCGGUGUUGGCCUUGUACAAACUGAGGAAGCAGAUUCUGCCUUGGAAGAGCCCAUCAACGUAGAUGAGGAAGAUGGAGGUCUUCAAAUCUGCCGUGUAUGUGGGGACAAGGCUAAUGGCUAUCACUUCAAUGUCAUGACAUGUGAAGGAUGCAAGGGAUUUUUCAGAAGGGCCAUGAAACGCAACGUCCGGCUGAGGUGCCCCUUCCGCAAAGGGACCUGCGAGAUCACCCGGAAGACACGUCGGCAGUGCCAGGCCUGCCGUUUGCGCAAGUGCCUGGAGAGUGGCAUGAAGAAAGAGAUGAUCAUGUCCGAUGCUGCUGUGGAGCAGAGGCGGGCCUUGAUCAAGAGGAAGAAGAGGGAAAAGACUGAGGCUCCACCGCCUGGAGGGCAGGGGCUGACUGAAGAACAGCAGGCACUGAUCCAGGAGCUGAUGGACGCUCAGAUGCAAACCUUUGACACGACUUUCUCCCACUUCAAGGAUUUCCGGCUGCCUGCGGUGUUUCGCAGUGACUGUGAGCUUCCAGAGUUUCUGCAGGCUUCAAUGUUGGAAGACUCUGCCACAUGGAGUCAAAUCAUGAAAGACAGGGUUCCAAUGAAGAUCUCUCUGCAGCUGCGCGGAGAGGACGGCAGCAUCUGGAACUACCAACCCCCUUCCAAGAGCGAUGGGAAAGAGAUCAUCCCUCUUCUGCCACACCUGGCCGAUGUGUCAACCUACAUGUUCAAGGGCGUCAUCAACUUCGCCAAAGUCAUAUCCUACUUCAGGGACCUGCCUAUUGAGGACCAGAUUUCCCUGCUGAAGGGGGCCACUUUUGAGAUGUGCAUCCUGAGGUUCAACACGAUGUUCGACACGGAAACGGGGACCUGGGAGUGCGGUCGGCUGGCUUACUACUUCGAAGACCCUAAUGGUGGCUUCCAGAAACUUCUGUUGGAUCCACUGAUGAAAUUCCACUGCAUGCUGAAGAAGCUACAACUGCGUAAGGAGGAGUACGUGCUGAUGCAGGCCAUCUCCCUCUUCUCCCCAGAUCGCCCUGGCGUGGUACAGCGCAGCGUGGUAGACCAGCUGCAGGAGCGAUUUGCCCUCACCCUGAAGGCCUACAUUGAGUGCAGUCGGCCAUAUCCUGCUCACAGGUUCCUAUUCCUGAAGAUCAUGGCCGUUCUCACUGAGCUGCGUAGCAUCAACGCCCAGCAAACCCAGCAGCUUUUGCGCAUCCAGGACUCACACCCCUUUGUCACCCCUCUCAUGCAGGAGUUAAUUAGCAGCACAGAUGGCUGAGUGGCUGCCCCUGCGUGGAGGUCACAUGGGGCAGCCUGACCUAGACAUUCUGACUUGGCACUUGUAGGGCUAGACAGAUGGACACACUGAUAGCCAACAACGCCCUCUGACUGCAGCUGGCUAGCAUUUCUCAGGAAAAGGACCUGGGAGCCCCCAAGUUCAGCCUGUGGAAAGUGCUGGCCUCUACGUUAGACAAUCUUUGUGGUUGGGAAUAAACCUCCAAAUCCCACUAAAUUCUCAGGUGUUAGGUGAGAAGGGAGGGACCAGGCCAAGCUACAUAACAGUGUACACCCACUCCCCACCCAUCCCCAGCCCCAAGCUCCUUCUGGAGCUGCUUGUGUGUUCCAGACUUGAGCUGACACUCAGGUUCACAAGUGUCACUGCUGAAUGCCAGCAGCUUGUCAUGACCUUGUUCUGGACAUAUCAGUCAAGUUCCUGUAUCCGGCCAAACAGAUUGUUAAUCACUAACAAUGUGACCAGCUGUGUGUGUGUUGGGGGGGGUUAUACAGCACGGAUUCAGAUGUGGAUCCCGACCUCAGACUUUAAGAAGACAAAGCUGAAAUGGCUGUUCAGAGUUUGUAAAACCUUCUUGGAACAACUCAUGUGGAGUCAAAGAAAGGGUGUGUGACAUACAGCCAAGGAACUUUGUGUGGGGUCUGAGCUGCACUGGGGUUCUACAGGUCACUGGAAGCCAAGGAAAGGGUCCCAAAUGCCAGUCAUGUGUAGAGGAAUGGGCAAGAACUAUGGUGCGGGGACAGGACCUGUUUGUGACUUGGUGGGGGUAGGUCUGCACCCUAUCUGACUAGGGUCUGGCUUGCUCCCAAGGCUGUGACUUAAGACAAAGCUACAGUGACAGACAAUAAAUGUAUAACAGCACAAUUACUUAUAUACAUCAAA